GGAUCUUCCAAAAACCGGUCAUGCCGCGUAACUGGACUUGCCUACAAACGCUCGAGGGCCAUACCCGCGCUGUCUACUCGAUUGCCUGGUCGCACGAUGCGACCAAGCUCGCAUCGGCGGUUGACUUCGAUACAUUCGGCCCUUGGAUCACACGUCAAGGAGAGGAGCGACUGAGGCUGCCACCCGAGUAUCGGCCAUCAUCUGCAGCAAUAAUUAUCUGGGACCUUGACAGCCAUCGGCUGUGCUUCCGGCCGCAUCUUGUUUCUUCGGUUCGCAGACAGCAGUCCUACCGCGUAGCUGCAUUGUCUGUCUCAUAUUAAUGCCUUGGUGUAAGACGCUUCUGACACUUGGUUCUCUUUCGAGCUCUCUUGCUUGUCCUAAGUGUCGAAAAGCAAAAGGGACGCCGCAAUUGCCCGCCGCAAUUGCCCGCCAGCAAUUGCACCUUAAGUAUGGGUAUUCUGACACUAAGGAGUAAUUAUUACGUAGGAUCAACCGGAAGACAAAGACACAGCUCGUCAUAAACCGGUCAUGAUCCCGCACUGAAACAGAGCAGAUACUUGGUUGAUUAACUAAUUAUUAUACGCGAGAUUGUCUCGGCAUAUAAUCGCAUCACUCGGAUUUAACGCCCUGACAAGGAUUGCAGCCAAAACGUGGCGACAAGGACGAACAGAGACU